UACCAGUGCAGGAAGUGUGUCGAAAUAUUAGUCCAGGAGCCUACUACAGAGCGACUCGUUUCUACUACUGCACCCCAUAUAAACCAUCAGUCAUGUUCUUCCGCUGUCUCCUGCUGGUUCUCGUCUGCCUCCAGGACUUCACAACAGAUGCCGACACUGCAAACGGGGCAUCAUUAUGCUGUUUCGAGUUUCACAAGAAACCAUUCCCUGCAGCGAACGUUGUCUCUUACGAAGAAACCAGAUCCGACUGUAUGCUUCCUGGAGUCAUUUUAACCACAAAAAAGGGUUAUCGUAUAUGUGCGGAUCCUGAGGUGGACUGGGUGAAGCAGAUCAUCGCUAAUAAAAACUUGGCCAAGACUCCAGCGACAAAUUAAAACAUCUCUCCAUGUAUUAGCUUUACUUUGCAGAAUGCUUCAUUUCACCUAAAUAUUACUUAAAGCAAUAUGAUGUCAUAUGUAACAGGACAAAACUUUUAGUUAAACAUACGCUUGUAGCUGCACGCAGCCAUUUAUUUUAUCUUCUGCACAAAUAAAGGAGACAUUUAUUACUCA